UUCUCCGCUCUUUAAAUUUGUGACAAUGACUGGCCGUGGUAAAGGAGGAAAAGGAUUGGGAAAAGGAGGAGCCAAGCGUCAUCGUAAAGUUCUUCGUGACAACAUCCAGGGAAUCACCAAACCAGCGAUCCGUCGUCUGGCUCGUCGUGGUGGUGUCAAGCGUAUCUCAGGUCUGAUCUACGAAGAGACCCGUGGAGUUCUCAAGGUCUUUCUUGAAAAUGUCAUUCGUGACGCUGUCACCUACACCGAGCACGCCAAGCGUAAGACUGUCACCGCCAUGGACGUUGUCUACGCUCUGAAACGUCAAGGCCGUACUCUUUACGGUUUUGGAGGUUAAUUUUAUCAUUCGACUCAGCAAACAUUAAACAAAACGGCCCUUUUCA